UUAGAUAGACUCAUGCCAGGACUCAUGAGAUCAUUCAUAAGCUCUCAAGCAACAGAGAUGGACCGACUGCUUUGGUUUUAUUUCCUACUCAUCUACCUGCCUGUAACAGAGAGCAUGGACAAGACAGUUUGCUUAUCACAGCCAAAAGUGGUUUGGAGGAAAACAGAACAAUCUGCUGUUCUCUCUUGUACUGUCCACUCAAACUGUUCAGACACAGGGCUACAGUAUAGAUGGUUUGUUUUCCGAAAGGACACACACUCUGAAGUCCAUGACAGUCCUCCUAAGUGCGUUCUGAAUGGACCGACUUUACACAUCAAUUCACUUGAUGUAACAGACAGUGGGAUCUACCACUGUGCUGCAGUAUCACUAGACAGAGAGCCUGAAGCUGGUAGACAGCACAUCGGCCUGGGUACGACUCUGGUAGUAAGAGAGAAGACAAAGGUGAGGCACAUUCUCCUGUGGCUAUCUUUUAUACUCAUGGCUAUUUACAGCUUGGUGAUACUGGCGCUCGUCAUUCUGAAGAAGUAUGGCUACCAUCGCACCUGCAUAAAGAUGAACAAAACCUCAAAUGUUAAAACCUCAAGUAAAAGAAUGCAAUUCCGUGAUGUGCUGCAAGAAUUAUACAGCAGAAGAAACUCAGAAAGAAACAAACAAUCAGCAAGGAGAAACAGACCUCAGACUGACGAGGCUGCAAGUCCCAAGUUCAACGGCUCCAUUGAUGACAUCUAUCAAAAUGUCUAAAUGUCACUGAAGGACAGAUUCAGAGCUCCAUCCUACAAACUGAAAGGACAUUUCAAAACCAUGAAAACACUUGCGGACAUCAUCAUGCGCAACCUCAACAAAGGCUACAAGUUCAAUGGCGUGGUUAUUGUUUGAGAAAACAAGGUUGCAGUUCCUUUUCCUCUCGUUUUUAGGUUUCAGAAGUGAGAGAUGAAUAGACUUUUGGAAAUUUUACUUGUCAAUCCAUUGCCAUUAAUAUUAGAAAGGACCUACAUGAUAACAAGGCAAGAAAGUUGAAAGGCAGAAUUAUUACUUGUCAUUUCUGACAACGGUAAUAAGAACCAUGGAAUGUUGAGCAAAACACUGGAUGCUUUAUAUAGUUUACAAAGCACAGUUUUAAUAAUAUAAUAUUGUUCAACAAGAUAAAGAAUUUCACAUACUUGUAAACAUGUGACAGUAAAAAUCAUUCUCAUGAUGUUGUAUCAAAGCACAUUUUCAAUCAAAAUCUAUAUCAAGUGACAAAAAAUCCUAUUUAGAUGUUUUUUUGACUAUGAUUAUCAUUUAUAAUGAUAGAAAGGCACAUCACUUAAUAUAGUCUGCUAAUCGCAAAAGUAAAUUAAAAGAAAGGGCAGUGUUACUUUGAUAUCAAGGUUUUGAUCUGGAUCUUCUAAAAAGGACAAUAUCUUUCUGUAAGGAUAACAAUGUUCAUCAUCAUGUUGGUAACAUUCUUCCCUUUUUUUUCCCUUCAAUUGAGAUGAAGGCUUUUAAGCCAGUUUAUACUUUACAAAUGUACUGUGGCAGAGGGAGAUUUUACAGUACCUGAAUAUUUUAUGCCGAAAUCCAGAAGAUGUUUGUUUUACAAUUAUAUAGUUUGCUUUAGAAUACAUUCAAAACUCUGAAAAGUCCCACAAAAAGAGUCUCCUUUCACCAUACCAUAUGUUGCCACAAAAUAUACAAUGUCCAAAUUUGCCCAAUUGCAUUCUACUUCCCUCUUUCUGUCAUUAGCUUAACACAGUAUUUUCCCAUGUCUUCUGAUUGAUCCCUUUACUGCGGUUAUAUACAGUAUAUGUAAAUGUGAAAGUCAAUGUGAAAAAGUGUUAUCGGUGCAUCCAUACUGCUGACAUCAGUCUACAGAGAAAGCAACAUUAGCACCUUUGAAU